CCAUAGCAACGGCAGUACGCUGUCAGACUGGCAAUAUAAACGGAGAGAAGAAGAGGAGAGGUGAUUGUUAAAAAGCUACCCUUUAAAAACUGAAGCUAGAAAGCGGUUCUAAAUUUACAAAUGGAUUCGGGAAAAGUUGUGCACAGAAGAAAGCCGGGGAUCCCUGUAAUUGGUUUGAAAGCAUCCCAGAAGAGCCACCGCCAUCAGGAGGUUAAUGCUAAAAGUCUCGAUCUCAGUAAGGUGAUUUGUCUUCUUGAAGAUCCUUUGACAACUAACUUGAAGGAAAGGCACCUUUUUGUUCUGAAGAAACUACUGAAGAAAAGCCAAAUUGGCUUUCUUUUAAAAGAACUGACAGCCAUCGCAAAAAUACUCAACAUCUGCGCAGAGAAGGUGACAGAUCACCCCGAAUAUGUGUCCAUUCUGUGUGAAGCUCUUACAAUUUGUAGGCUUCCCUUUCUGAAGGAGAAGACAUCUGACGAGCUGCACUACGCUCAGGAUGUCACAGAGUUUCUCUCUCAUAUGGGGUGUCUGAUGAGAGUGUCUGAUGCCGAAGUGAGGCAGCUCAUAUUUGAAUGCGUGAAAUCAUUCUACAGCUCUGUGGCUCCCAAACAGAUGCUCGAUGGCCUCCAGCCGACCUCUCCAGGCUACAGGCUGCAGCUGCUGGAGCGCAGUGAGCUGGCUCAGACACUUCUCCUCUCCAUGGCCACUCUCGAAAACCAGCCCACCAUCAAACUGCAACUCCUUCACAUCCUUCAGAUCCUCUCCAGCUGCUCUGAUAUGAACUGUUCGUCAAUACUCCACGCACGAGGAGCAGAGACGGUAUGUCUCCACAUGAACGACCACGAUCCGACCGGCCAGGUCCUGUUCCGUUCUUCCGAAAUCCUCUGGAACCUGCUGGAGAGGGGCAACAAGGAGGUGGUCACCGCUCAGCUCGGCACCCUGGAGUGUGUCCUCUCUCUGAAAGAAGCAUUUUUUCACCUGCUGAACACCGGCUCUGGACAUUCAGACCUCCAACUCAGAAACGAUCUGCUCGUGAUCACAACUCUCAUUGCAGAAAGUCCAGGCUCACAGCUUAUUGAGAGUUCAUUUGCCAAACAGCUUGUGGUUUUCAGCACAUUUCCAGAGCUGAAAAGUCACAACCCUUUGAUCCGCAACCUGAAGCUCAGCUAUAGUAACGAAGACUUGAAAAUGAAGAAGUUGCUGCUGAAUCUGCUGGUUGUUAUGUCGAGGGACUUGGCUGCCCUGCAGCUUUAUAAAGAAGAACGUGUUGUUCUGGCUCUGCUGGCGCUCAUGAAGCCGCCUGUCGCCUCCUCGUCUGAGUGUCAGUCGGGGUCACGACACUGGUCCGCUGCGCAGAAGGAGGAGCUCCAGCUGCAGGCGCUGGCCACUCUCGCCACCAUCGGGCCGCUCAUGUUGGAGGAGUACAUUUCCUGUGAGGGGAGUACCUGUCUGCUACUCCUGCUGGACUGGUGUGUUGGGCCAGAUUCUUACUUUGGCCAGGGUCACAGCUUCCACGCCACCGGAGGCAGAGGCGGUAAGAAGGCACAGACGCGGCACUGUAUCAGAGUGCUGAGAUCGGUGACUUCUCUGGGUGAAGAGUCUGUAAACCAGGACCUCUGUGAUCAGGGAAUCAUCAACCAGCUUCUGGGGAUUCUCAUGCAGAUAGACGCGGGUCCUGAUGAAGAUGAUGUCGUCGCUCUGGAGAUAAAGUCGGAUAUUCAGGUGAUCCUUUCAACGCUAUGUGAGACCGACAUGCACAGAAAGGAACUGUUUGGCUCAGAGGGAGUUGAGAUGGCGGUUCAUUUUCUGAAAAAAGGCUCCGACAAGUUUUACAGCGGCCUCGGACACAACAAGCUCGUGCUCUCCACAGUGGACUGUGUGUGGUCAUGUAUCGUAGGCUGCUACACCACAGAAGAUUACUUUCUGGUUAAAGACGGGGUGUUUCUUCUCCUCAACUUACUCAGUACAAGCCCCAGGUGUGUGCACGGUGUCGUCCUCGCCACCCUGUUAGAGUUAUGUGACAACCCGAACACGGUGCCGUACAUUCUGACGUGGAGGGACGGCAACGGACAGACGGCUCCGAGACUCCUGCUGCAGCUGUGGAGAGAGGAAGAGGAGGAGCUAGGAGUUCCUCGAAAUCAACAUGGAAGCAUCGCAGAUCCUCAGAGGCCCAUCCACAGUCUUUUCCAGCUGGAUGAAGCUCAGCUUUCAUUUCCUGCUAACGUGCCGAGUGCUGCAGUAUUGGAGAUGUCAGAGAACCUGCGAUCGAAGAUUUACUCAGUCUUCUGCAAAAUUGGGUUUCAGGAUCUUCCUGGAUUGUUGGGAAAAGAUUAUGUGACUCUGACCAUCAUCAGGAGAUAUCUAGACUUUAAGGUCGGUGAGGUGUGGGAUGAGAUCAGCCGGGAACUGAGUCUGGAAGGCGUGAGGCCGAUCAGCCCCGACCAGGAGGCUCUGAGCACCAUCUGCAAGAUCGCAGAGGACACGGCGAAGAGGAUCAUGGAGGAACAAAACAGCAUCCUGGAGCACCAUCAGAAGGAGGACAUCAGAGAAGAGAAACUCACAUACACAGAGAUGAAGUCUCGCUGGAAGCAAAAGGAGUUCAUGGCGAAGUCAUGGGAGGAUUAUGUUUCCAGAACUUCAAACUAUGAAGCCCUGAAGGAAGUAAAAGCACAGAGGGAGAAGAACGCUGAAUCAUCCAGACCUAAACCAAAGCACGAGGACGCUGCUAUCCGCCCUGCUGAGCAUUUCAUCGGACACGUCGUUGGAGUGGAGAGCACGGACGCUCAGGGUCCGGCAGGAGUGAAGGUGACGCUGGUCAGAACGCCAGUCAGAGCCUCAAGUCAGGACAAAGGAGAACCAACAAUACCAAACCCAGACUACUUCAGCACGGCGUCUUCUGCAGACUGACGUUACCGAAGUCAUUCUUAAUACAAGGCAUUCACAUUGUUCAUGUCACAGCAUUUAUUGUGCUGUACGCUCAUAAAAUUAAACUGCAUUAAUGUAAA